ACGUGUGAUCAAAUGCAUUUGUUCAACCCUGUCGAAAGAAGAGAUUAAAAUCUGCUCUAGUCUUUCGUGUUUGAUUGAAGUUCUCUUGCCCCCUACCUAUAACUACAGUCAUGGCGUCUUUCACUGGGGGCAGGACAGUUCAGUAACCAGCAACGAUUUGUUCACUUUUACUCUGUUAAGCCUUCACGGUCAUUUGUUGGUCACUUUAACUGCCUAGGCGUGCAUACCUGUUAUACAACUCAUUUAAAGUGUCGUCUUAAUUGCGCCCUCAGUUAAUCCUAUAGUAUAGUUUAAGCCUGUCUGGUACACUAGUUGCGUUAUCUAUUGUAAAUCCCGUUAAAGUUAGAAGUUGAACGCAAAUAAAUGACCGUGCAGUGCUAUCUUGUGGGCAAAAUGCCUUGAUGUCAAUCACUGCGGGAAGUGAGACCCGCUUGCGAGUGGAAGCAGAGCAGCUCAAAGGCGGUGAGAGCUGCACGGUGUAAACAUGUGCAAAAAACGCUGGGUGGAAAUCGGGCUGCCAGAAUGUGAAUAGAAGCGGAGAGUCGGCGUUUUCACUUCUCUUCUCUCGCCUUUCUUUGUGAUGUCACUGCUGCUGGAUGUGCUGUAAUUGCCCCGGUGGGGCUGAUGGCGUCAUUCCGUGCCCCUGUGUAGCCUCCCGUGCUUUGCUGGGAGAAGGGGAGCAGGAGCUGAGGCCGACGCGAGCGCCUCCGGCGGCCGAGAUCGAGCAACGCCAAGCCGGACAAGCCGGACACCUCGACUCGGAGAGCAUGGAGGCCGUGGCGGAGGAGCUGCGGGCCGGCUCCCGGAUUCCGGUGACCAUCGAUCAAAUAGUUAACGACACGCUGGUGGUGACGCUCACCUUCCAGGAAAGGAACUACACGGGCAUUUUGCUCGAUUGCAACAAAAAGACUGGUUUGUUCUGCCUGCCAGAUGUCGUAGGAAAGUCAGAGGAGCCUUUCAUAUCCAAACAGGAGUGUGAAAUCUUGAAUGAGGAGCCAUGUUCCAAACCUCCCAUUCAGUCAGCACAGCGGCCAAAGGAUGAGAACACAGAGCCUGAAAAGCCCCCUUGCACCCCUAUUCCCAUACCAGUGCUGCCAGGCCAGGCUACAUACCCACCAUACUUUGAGGGUGCUCCUUUCCCUCAGCCCAUGUGGGUGCGUCACACAUACAGCCAGUGGGUGCCCCAACCUCCACCCAGGCCCAUCAAAAGGAAGAAGAGGCGGUCUCGGGAGCCCGGGCGUAUGACUAUGAGCACCAUUAGACUGCGACCUCGGCAGGUGCUGUGUGAGAAAUGUAAAAACACGCUAACCAGUGAUGAGGACAGCAAAGACGGUUCCACAGUGGCCAAGCCAUCCAGGAAAGAAAAUGCACCACAGGGGGAGGAACAUGCCAAGGAAGCCUUGCCCAAAGUCCAAAAGAAAGAAGACAGCGACACUACAAAGGAAUCCAAAAGGCGAGAGGACAUGUCAAGCUAUGAGAGCAAGAGGUUCAGAAAAGAUAGGAAGGAAGAAGACAAGUUCCCAGGUAGUGAUGUAGUACCACACAGCCCAGUGAUAAAGAUCUCCUACAGCACUCCGCAAGGGAAAGGUGAGGUCAUGAAAAUCCCGUCCAGAGUGCAUGGUUCAGUAAAACCGUUCUGCCCCAAGCAGCUAAUGCAGAAUGGGGAGCACGACGGCAACCGUGAGCCCAAGAAAGAUCUGCGACCCCCAAUGGACUCAAUUAGAACUGGCCUCACGGUGUCAAUCCCCAAGCUCAAACUUCCAAAGCUUUCUGAACAGGACAUCCCGUCACCCAAGAUCCGGUUAAGGUCGCGCGGUGAUGGAGAGGAGCGCAUGUCCGUGUAUGAAGCCGAGUUAGUAGGGGACCCAAGACGUAGGAGUCCAAGGGUUCCAGGGCCGGCCUUGCCCAAGGACUCCACUGAGGAGAAGAACCCCUUGGAGCUGUGGUCGGGCAGCUCGGGAGAGGAAGGUGAGCGGCAUGGUGACCUCACCCUGCUCAUUAACUUCCGCAAGCGCAAGGCUGACUCCUCCAGCCUGUCUGUGUGCAGCAGUGAUAGCCUGGACGAGUCAAAGUCCUUUAGCUCAGAUGGUACAUCACCCGAGCUGUGUGACUUGGCGCCUGGUGAUGUCUCAUCAUCCUCCUCAACACGUGAGGGCCAAGGCAAGACUGUGCCGCCUCUGACGGUGCGCCUGCAUACGCGCAGCAUGAGCAAGUGCGUGACGGAGGAUGGCCAUGCAGUGACCGUGGGAGAUGUAGUGUGGGGGAAGAUCCACGGCUUCCCCUGGUGGCCCGCGCGUGUCCUAAGCAUUAGUGGAAGCCGGAGGGAUGAGGGCGAGAUGGAUGCUCCCUGGCCUGAGGCCAAGGUGUCCUGGUUCGGCUCUCCCACCACCUCACAGUUAUCUGUGGCCAAGCUCUCACCUUUCCGUGAGUUCUUCAGACUGCGCUUCAACCGCAAGAAGAAAGGGAUGUAUCGCCGUGCCAUUAUUGAGGCGGCCAAAGCUGUGGGCCACAUGAGCUCCGAGAUCGCUUCCCUGCUCUCACACUGCGAGACAUAGGAGUGGAGGUCGAAGGCUGAAGCCUGGCUGGGAUUCAGGAGCCCGCGCUCCCCUCCUGUGAUUCCCUCCCGGGAUGGAGAGCGCUUGCGGUUGCCGCGGAUAUUAUGAGGGAAGGUGCUCCCCCCCUCCUCCCUCCCCUCCUCUAACCCACCCACCUGGAAGGAGAAAAUGGCCUCCAUGUGUGGAGCUCUCUGAGCUUGAAGGUGUGAAAGGAGCAGGCAGGUACACCUGGGGAAACUCCACCUGUCUUUGUCUUACGUUAUUUUUUUUUUUUCUGUUUUCGUGGAAUGAGUAGCUUGACACUAAAUCCGAAUGUAUUUAUUGCCAGCGAAGCACAGGCAAACCUCGCUACAGUCUCGUACGAUCCCACUGCUGCUGUUUUCUGUGAGUGAAGGGUUCCUGCCUGUCAGUGGAGUGACUAGCUAAUGAAUUCACCAUGGAGACCAUCAGCCAGCCUGCUCUAGUGGCAUUCUCCUCGUCCACUCUGGCAGGAAAAGAACAAAGUGCAAACUGACAAACACCCGUAUGAUACUAAAUGACAUGUCUUAUUCUAAGGUCUCUUUCCUCUUUCUUUUAAAAGCUGAAAAUGUGAAACUCCUUUUGUAUUCUCUGCAUCUAGAGAUCACUGUAUAGGUCUUAAAACAUGCAGGACAGCAUCAUUCAUAGUUAUGUUCUCACCCGAAGAAUGGAUUUCUCAAGACUGUCCCUGUUCUCUUGAAGAAACGUAACUUCACCAUUUGUUUCUUUUUAUGUUCCACUUUUAUUAUGAUAUUGUUUCAAUGUUCUUGGCCUGAGGGCCUUUUGGAACUGGGCUGUUUGAGAUCCACAGAGUUUCAUAUGUACUUGCUUUAAUUAUUUAAUGUGUCAUGUAAAGAAAAGCACUUUAUCUGUACCUUCGGUGGCCUGCUGGACACUUGUAGAUCGAGCACUAAUUUAGAGGGUUUUUUUUUUUUUUUUUUUUUUUUUUUUUUUUUUUUUGGUUUUGAUCAGCGGGCAACCUCUCUGCAGCCCUCUGCCUCUGACCACCACACCCGGCGCCUUGAAAGUGACUUUUUUUUUCUAUUAUACUUGGACAUGGACAAGAAAACGAGCCGCUUUCAGGAACUAGUUGUGUACACUGUAUUAUUGCAUCUAGUCAGGUUUGUCAACCUACAUUCAUUCUCCUGUCCGCCUCCGCCCCCACCACCUCCCUUCUCAUAAAAACUUUCCACUGGAGAAAUGGACAGAAGUGUAAACUCCUAUGCAUCACGUCUUUAUUAAAGCUUUAAAAAAACAAAACAAAAAAAAAACAAAAAAAAACAGGCACCGUGCUGGAAGGGUACUCUGAAUUUAACACCAGUGUCCUCUGUUGAGCAGCAAGCAGGAUUGAAAUAGCUGCUCUGCUGUGUGAUAUUGCUGCAGGUUUGUUCACUUGUUUUUAUUUUUUUUUUAUUAUUAUUUCUUAAAAGUGCAGUCAAGAGUCACUCUAGUCAUCAGUUGACCUUUAGGGCCUUGGAAAUUUAAAGAGGCACUUCUAUGGUGUGAGGGAGUGAGCGAGGGAAGGAGGGAGGAAAGAAGGUGGGGGAAGGGGAGCCAGCCAAACCCAAGCAGAGGUGUAUUUUAAGCUCACUUCUAAGCGCAAAGCCUCUCACCACUGCCUUUCAGUGGUACAUUAUCUUCCUUUUUAUGGAUUACAUGUUUCCCCCCAUCUCCUUCAACAUGUUUUUGACGGAGGACAGACCGUAGGGCUGGGAUGAAGCAUUGCGUGUGUGCGUGUGUAUGUGUAGGUGUGUCUGAGUGCGUGUGUGUGCGCCAGUACAACAACUUGUGGUUACUGUCCUCUGAUCAGUGGACUUUUUUACAUGGUGUACAUAAAAUAAAAUAUACAAGCAAUA